CAAUAGUUUUAAAAGUCAUAACAAAAUGUUGUCAAUACAUACGUUAUUGAUAUUUGGUUGUCUAUUUUCGGGCCUUGAGUGUGCCUUUCGCAAACCUUUAGAUUUUGAAUUGAAACAGGCCGAGCCGUGUAGUACGGAGAAAUGUCAGCCACCGCAUUGUCGUUGUUCGGGUAUGACACUACCUAAGAAGGAGUUUAAGGGUCAUGAAAAGGAAAUACCUCAAUUUAUUACCGUUACUUUCGACGAUGCUGUAAAUGCCAUCAACUAUGAGCAAUAUCAGGAACUGUUUAAUAGUCUUCUAAAUCCCGAUCAUUGUGAGGUCAAGGCCACUUUCUAUGUUUCUCAUGAAUACACCGAUUAUUCCAAACUUAAUGCUCUUUACAAUGAGGGUCAUGAAAUAGCUUUGCAUUCCAUUACGCAUGGUGCCGGUACUGAAUACUGGCGCCAGGCUGAUGUGGACCUUAUAAUGCGAGAAUUUGGUAAUCAAAUAGAUAUUUUGGAAAAGUUCGCCAAGAUCAAUCGUAAACAUAUCCGAGGCAUGCGUUUACCAUUUUUACAAAUAUCGGGUAAUAACACCUAUGUAGCGGCCAAACGUUUGGGUUUAUUGUAUGACAGUUCUUGGCCCACUCAGCAGUAUCGCAAUCCUGCCAUGUGGCCUUAUACUUUGGAUUAUUUGUCGGUGCAGGAUUGUCAGAUAAGACCGUGUCCCACAGCAUCUUUACCGGGUUUAUGGGUAUAUCCCAUGGUUACUUGGGUGGAUAAGGAGGGCUACAGCUGUUCCAUGUUGGAUGGUUGUAUUUAUCUGCCUGAAGAUAAAGUGGAGAGUUUAUUUGAAUGGAUGAAGGAAAAUUUCCAUCGUCAUUAUGACAAUAACCGAGCACCUUUCGGCAUGUUUUUGCAUGCCGCUUGGUUUGGCAGAAGUCCCAAUUAUAUUAAAGCUUUCAGGAAGUUCUUGGAAUAUGCCAACUCUCUGCCUGAUGUUUAUAUUACCACACCCACUUCGGUUAUUCAGUAUAUGAAACAUCCCACUUUGGGUAAACCUUUUAAGGGCUGUUUUAAGAAACCUCAAACUUCUUGUCGCCCGAUAUCAUGUGCCCUACAGAAACAAUCUACUGGGGAGACCCGCUACAUGACUGUUUGUGAUAACUGUCCCGAAGUUUAUCCCUGGUUGGAUAAUCCUUUGGGAGAAAUUUAGAAAAUUAUAUAUAUUAACUUCACAUGUGAAAUAACCGAAGCAUAUAAUAAAAGGGAUUUGGAUUUUU